UAAACAGCUCCGGCUACAUACCACAGACGCGAGCCGCCGCGACGACGCACGGUACUCCAAAGUGCGCAUUUUUCACGUGCAUUUCCGCGCGUUACGUUAUCGAGAGCUGUCAAAACGAGACCUCGACGCGCUCGAGAAAUUCGAUUUUCGGCGAAUCUCGUGAAAUAAUAUUUGACAGGACGGAGACGGAAGGAGAAACAUAUAGGAAGGUAUUCGAACGCAUUUGGUGUCGCAACCCGUCCGAGCAGGAGUAAUAGUAACAGCGGCAACAGCAGGAAGAAUGGCAUCGUUGAAGAGUGUCAAGGCGAGCAAGACAGACACCACCACGACUAGAAGCUGGACAGCGAAACCGAUCCUAGACCCGGAUUUCACGGAAGUGCUUCCUCUGCAGCGGGUCUACAUCGGCAUCCUGAAGCAACGAAAGGACACGUCCGUCGCGAUCCAGAGCAUAUCCGCCAUUUUGCCAGGAUUCGCCCACCUGAAGCGCUGUUCCAACGGCAAGCUGCUUCUGGCUCCGCUUCGCUCGGAAAAAAAAUCGCGAGGCCAAAAUGGCGAAGAGGACGUCAGCGAGGACGAUCUCAAGGAUCAGCUCAGAGAGCGAGGAUUCGAUCUUUCCCUGUUCCAGGACGAGUUCCAGGUGACAGAAGUACCAGCCAAAGCACCGAGAACCAAAUCGCAGGCGAGAGAAGCCUCGACGAUCUGGCCGGUGAACUUCCAUCCCGAUCAGACGAUCGAGAACCUGCUCGACGGCUCCGUCUUCGACGAGGAUCGGUGGAUCACGAUCGGCCGGAUCAUGUCGAUGGUGAUCGAGGCCGCCAGGUUGGAGGCGAUCGGCGAUAAACGUUGCACCGGCGCCGCGGCGGUCGUCGAUCCCGAGGACGGCAGGAUCCUGGCGGUCUCCGCCGCCAGGAUCGAUCGGCAUCCCAUGUGGCACGCCGCCAUGUUGGCUGUGGACCUCGUCGCGGGACUUCACGGCGGCGGUGCCUGGCGUCUGAGUGACAAGGAUGGGUUCACCAUCGAGGAUCGGCAGGUCAGGACCGAGGAUGAGAGAUCGGUUGAGAAGGAUCGGUUAAGAAGGAUCAAGAGGAAGUACGAGGAGGAAACUCCGCGCUGUUAUCCGACGUCUUUGCUGUCCUCCCUUGAGCUUCCGGCGCAGACGCCGCUCGAGACCACUCAAGGACGGAGGAAGGACGCCGCCAAGGUCAAAGAGGACGCGGAAAAGUCCGGACCGUAUCUCUGCACCGGUUAUUGGGCGUUUCUGCUGAUGGAGCCCUGUCCCAUGUGCGCCAUGGCGCUGCUGCAUUCCAGGGUCUCGCGGAUUUUCUACGGCGAGGCGAAUCGAAGCGUCGGGGUCCUGGGGACCAGAGCAAUUUUGCACACGGUGCCGGGUCUGAAUCAUCGAUACCAAGUCUGGAGCGGAAUCCUGGAGCGGGAGUGUCGGCAAACGGUGGAAGAAAUCAGUGGUCGCAGCAAAGUCUUGUGUGAAUGAUUCGACGUGGGUCUUUUGUGGAAGAUAAUGGCGCGUUAGGUGUGGUUGAUUGGUCACACCAGGAAAUAACCGAAGCUACCGAUGUUGAGAAGCUUGGACAAAUGAGAAAAACAGGAGCGCAUUCCUCGUUCUCGCUGGUGAUCUCUUUCUCUCUCGCACUCGCGAAUCGCGUUAUCUAUAUUAUAAUGAAAUUUUUAUUGUACGUUAUCUCUUGCGUUUGCGUAUUUGUUCGUUGUCAUAAGAGAAAAAAUAAAUUCAUUUCAACCGGAGAAAGCGCAAUCGUGAUACUUAUCAAAAUACAUCGUCAUUGAUUCAUCGAUA